AUGACCUUGAAAACCUCUUGCGGGGACGAUAUUCAACUCGUCAUCUCCCGCGUCUGCUCGGUUACUGUAUCGCCUGUCAUGGUAGUGCACGUAAAAAUGCCGGAUGGAAUGCAGACGGCCAUUCUCAAAUUAUUCGAUCGACGUUUUGGGCAUUUCCGCAAGAAGCAUCCAUACAACCAAGAAGCGGAAGCCGUGUGGCAAGAUUCUGUUCGCUCUGGUUUGGCGAAGAGGCUCCUUGACGAUCUCCGAAACGAGGAAGACAGUGUCCGAAGGGCGCGUUUUCAAAAGGAUGUUGAUGAAGGGGGCAGUGAAGAAGAAGAAGAGGAGGAAGAAGAAGAAGAAGAUGAUGAUGAUGACAACGAGAAUGACCUCGCCGAGUCGGAAGCUAUAAUAUACCACACAGCUCAGAGAAACUAUGAAAAUGAAGUACGAGCCUAUAGCCAACUAAAACCACUCCAAGGCCGAUGCACUCCCCGAUUUAUCGAAUCCGUCAUUGACAGCUCACCAGAGUCACCCGCGGAUCUUCCGGUCGAGUACUUCCAAGUUCGUGGUAUAUUACUUGAAUACCUUUUCGGCUUCCCCCUGUCAGAACUCACGGCGAGAAUCCCAAAUCAGCCAUUUCUCUGGGAGAAGAUAGUGCAAGGCGCAAUUGAUGUUGUUCGAGAGGUGAAUAGGGCGGGGGUUGUUCACCAUGACUGUCAACCUAGGAAUAUGAUGGUGUCGCAGAUGGGCCGCGACGUGUUUCGGUUAUACUUGAUCGAUUUUGCACAAUGUGCCUUCAGGGCCGACUACAAGGACACGGACGACGUAUAUGAUGAGGAUGGCUUUGCGCAUAUUGUGACCUUGUACGAUAAUCAUGGGGGCAUCGCAAUACUGAUGAGUCAAAGGGUGAAGAGAGAAACAUCAUAUACGCUUCACCUGAAAGCGCUAGAGGGGUAA